AUGCCUCUAAUAACAUAUUCAAUAUCUCCUUUUAUCAAAGCGGAUACUGAUAAAGAAACAUCAAAAAAUACAAAUAAUAAUAAUGAAGAAAUUUCAACAUUAUCUAAUUCAGAGAAUAAUAGUGAAGAAUCUGCUUUCAAUCCUGAAACUGGAGAGAUAAAUUGGAAAGACUAUAAGCGGGCUAACAGCAUAGUGGCACAUGGACCAUGUGGAAAAGAGUUUAAAGAUGCAUUUUCAUGUUUUGUUUAUUCAAAAGAAGAACCUAAAGGUAUGGAAUGUAUAGAAAAAUUUCAAACAAUGCAAGAAUGUUUUAAAAAAUAUCCAGAAAUUUAUAAUAAUGAAAUUAACAAUGAAGAUGAUAUAGAGAUUACAGAAUCUAAUGAUUUACAAGAAUCCGUUAAAUCAUCAAACACUUAA